AAGCGGUUCCGCGCCAAGGUCAGAGUCAUGCAGAAUCAUAAACUGUCAAGCGAAUCAUGAUCUGUUCUCGCCGAGUCAGUGCUACCGGAGCGAGGUCUAUUCGAUCGCGUUCAGCCGGCGCCUGAAUCUGUGCGGAAAAGGGAGCUGCAUAGUCAAUGAAUCAACAACCCCUGUCUCCAUUGAAACCACGCUCCUCGGCUCCGGGAUGCCAACUCAAGCUCCUAUUCAUAAGCGGCUUAAACAACCGAUAUUCUCUAAUUUUCGACAAUCAGCAUGGUAAAAUUCACGGUCGACGAGAUCCGGGCGCUCAUGGACAAGCCGCACAACAUCCGCAACAUGAGCGUCAUCGCGCAUGGUGCGUGUCGACCAUGGCAAAUCGACGCUUACCGACUCGCUCGUCUCGAAAGCAGGCAUCAUCGCCAAGACAGGAGGGCGGUUGUUAAGGAUAUAGCUAUUUGGCAGGAUCUGCAAAUAGAUUAGUAAUUCAAAUUCGAUAAAUUGACGCACUUUGAGUCCAAAUA